AUGGGCACCCUCAGUAGAUCCGCCAUCAUCGUCAUCGUCAUCGUCGCCUGUCUCGCCGUCGUCGCGUUGGGCGCCGCCCUCUUCAAGACCUACGGCGGGCCCGAGAAGGAGCGGCCCUACAACUUCUCCCGCGAGCAGGAAUCCUACAUGCGCUCCGUGCGCUUAAAGAAUCUGGGCUUCUUCCAGCGCGAGUCCAUGAUGGGGUACCCCGGGGCUGGUGGCGGUGGUGGUGGUGGUGGGAAGGGCCCUGCGGCGUCGGUCGUCCGGGAUGUGGAGUCGGGAUAUUCGGAGAAUGAUUCGUCGCAUUACUAG